AUGGAGGCUUUGCAGAAUAAAACAUUUUGCCGCACGAGCUCAGUCUACGUAUCACAAGCAGCACUUGGCAACCGAUCUGACGGAGCCCCCGGAACACUGUCCUCAAGUAAGUCCUCUGCCGCAUGUUCAGUUUGUGCUACAAAUAAUGCCCAGCUGUGUCAUGUUAAGCUACUGCUAGAGAGUGCUUAUUUCGAACUGGAAUCUGCCAAGUCCAACCUUUGGGAGGCGAAGGUUAAAAGACAAACCGCUGCAGCUCAGAGUUGUGAUGGGUACGCUGUACUUGAGUACGACUCACAACGUGGAAUGGAUUUAGGUGAGCCUUGGCGCGCCAAACGCCCCGUACCUGGUAACGCUUUUGUGCCAGGCGAGUGA